GAGCUCGGUCCUGGGCGCGGCCCUGUCCUCCUGCAGGGCGGGGGAGUAGCAGCAUGGUCCAGGCUGUACCAUGGGGCCGGAGAGGGUGACAGCCAGGGAGCUGUGUGAGAAUGAUGACCUCGCCACCAGCCUGGUCCUUGACCCCUACCUGGGCUUCCGCACGCACAAGAUGAACGUCAGCCCGGUGCCCCCUCUGCGUCGGCAGCACCACCUGCGCUCGGCGCUGGAGACCUUCAGGAGGCAGCGAGACCUGGAGGCCGCCUAUCGGGCCCUGACCCUGGGCGGCUGGAUGGCCCACUACUUCCAGAGCCGUGGCCCGCAGCAGGAGGCUGCCCUCAAGACCCAUAUCUACCGAUACCUUCGAGCCUUCCUGCCUGAAAGCGGAUUUGCCAUCCUCCCCUGUACCCGCUACUCCCUGGAGACCAAUGGGGCCAAGGUCGUGUCUACGCGCUCCUGGAAGAAGAACGAGAAGCUGGAGCUGCUAGUGGGAUGCAUCGCUGAGCUGCGGGAGGCCGACGAGGGCUUGCUCAGGGCCGGCGAGAAUGACUUCAGCAUCAUGUACUCCACGCGGAAACGCAGCGCCCAGCUGUGGCUGGGCCCCGCAGCCUUCAUCAACCACGACUGCAGACCCAAUUGCAAGUUUGUGCCCGCAGACGGGAACGCGGCCUGCGUGAAGGUGCUCCGAGACAUCGAGCCCGGGGACGAAGUGACCUGCUUCUAUGGGGAUGGCUUUUUUGGGGAUCGAAAUGAGCUUUGUGAGUGCUGCACCUGUGAGAGGAAGGGAGAAGGCGCCUUUCGCCUGCGGCCCCGGGACGCGGCAGCCGCCACUCCCAGGACUUGUGAAAAGUAUGACCUCAGAGAGACCGAGAGGCGUCUGCAGCGUUACUGGGAGGCCCAAGGGAUGCGGCAGGGCCUUGGGCCUCUGGGGGCUCAGCGCUGUUCGCACCUGCGCACUUUGCGCCGCCUGGACCUCCUGUGUGCACUCUGCCAGCCCCUGCGCCUGCAGCCUUUUGGUACUCAUUUGGACCCCUCUGCCUUGUGGGUACAGUGGCUGCCACGGCCCCACCCUCCCCGCCGCCGCCGUCGCCGCCGCCGUCCCCCCCGCCGUCGGCCGACCCGGCCGGCCCCUCACCCUCGGGUCCCCCGAGUCUCCCUGCACCGGUGGGGGGGCUGUGGUCCCCAGUGCCGCCUUUGCGGGGAGGUCACUGUGGCCUUGAACCCAGUCUCUGCCUCAGCCCCAGCUCGGCCUGCCCCACUGCAAGACUGGCAUUGGGCCCGGAGGUACGGCCUUCCCUGCGUGGUUCGAGUGGACCUGAGUGGUGCCAGCCCGCUCCCUACCGCCCCUGCCAGCCUCAGGCCUGCGGGCCCCGAGCCUCCCAAGCGGACCCUGGCCUUCGGCCCUUUCUCUCCGCCUAAACGUCUGCGCCUCGUCGUCAGCCACGGCUCCAUCGCCCUAGAUGUUAACGGAGGGCACUGAGGGCGGGUUUGGGGGCACCUUUUCUGCCCCCGUCGCUCUGCCUCUGACAGGCUUGAGUUCUCGGGAGGCGGGAGUUGGGGGUAUCGGACCCCUUCAGCAUCUACCUAGCAGGGAGUCACCUCUCGACCUCCAGAGGGCAGCCUGCCUUAGCAGGGAGCCUUGGUUUUUGCCUCAGGGGGCCGUCUCCUUCCUUCAGCCCUCGGGAGUUGGCGAGGCUGGAGCACAGCCAUGGAUUUCUUUUCAGCACCCUCCUCUCCUGGGUUGGGGGGUCCCUGUGGGGAGGUGUCCCUGUGAUCCUGCCAGGGAGCCAGACCCUCUCUAUCUCUCCCUCAGGCCAGAGGGAGAGGGGACCUUGGGGGUGCUAGGCUUUCAGGGCUUCCUUUUCCUUUUCCUUUUCCUCCCAGCCAGGGGCCCCAGGGAAUUGGGGUGGGGGGGGGCCUAGAUUUCCAGGUGCUGCCUCUCCCUGGCCGGGAAUGGUCCCUUGGACCCUGCUUGGGCCACUCCUCCGGCCUGGGGCGCCUUUUGGAUUCCUAUACCUUUCAUUAGGAGCCAGCUCCUUCAAUGGAACAGGACUAGCUUUUCCCCAGGGGCAAGGGUCUGGCUUUCUGGGGGCCUUUCCUCUCCUUGCAUACCAAGCAGGCCCCAGGCCAAGCCCUGGAGGCUCUGAGGUGGGCAGGAGGGAAGGGUGCAGGUAGCCAGGCCCACUCUUUUGACCCAGCAGGGAUAACCUUAGCAAGGGGCCACCCCCUGACCCUAGCCCCCACCAUGGGCCAGGGGGCAGAGGGGAGCUAUCUGCCUCAGUGGCAGGAAGAUAGAGCCUAGGACAUAUGUGGGGGGUGCCCACAUUCCCAAACCCAGCAGGGAGGGAUAGGCAAGGAUCCCCUCCCCCCAAGCCUCAGGAUGGUUUUGACUUUACCUCCCGCCUCAGUGGCACACCGCCCCCCCCUUCUCCAGGGAGGAAAGCCAUAAAGAAAGGGGGGGAUGGAGGGGGGAGGGGGGUCUUUUGCGGAUGGCACUCUUUUCCCCCCUCCACAUACAUACCCCUCUGGCUCUCAGGGAGGCCACCCCACCUCAUCUUUCUCAUGGUGCUAUAGUUCUGGUGCCUCCUGGGGAGUGAGGGGAAGAGGGGGCCAGCACAGCCUGGGGCCCUGGGCCUCACCACCCCCAUCCCAGGGAUUGGGGUCACUGGGUGACGGGCAGUUUGCAACUUUUUUUUUUUUUUUUUUG